AUGUCUACUCUCAUCCAGCCGUUCAUCACUGCCAUGGCCACUGGUGGCUUGGUGUUACUGCCUCCGGAAGUCCUGUUUACGAUUCUGGAGAAUGAUUGCCUCAACCUCGAGGACAUUGCCUGCCUGCGACUGACAUGUCGUCCACUCAGCGAGUCCACCGCUUCCAUUCUAUUCCGACGCAUCAUAAUCUCGCCUCUGAGACAGGACCGUUGGGCAUUCGAGAACAUCUGCCGCAGUCCUCACCUUGCCCAACACGUGCGGGAGGUGGAAUGGGCGGAACUCGCCUGGUUUCCCGGUUAUUUCAACCAUUUUAUCUGGGCCAAUCCUGAAGGACCGGGCUUCAUGUCAUCACAAUCAGAUUUCAUGCUUCAUAAUACCGUCACCCUACUGGACGAAGUGUGUGCUGAAGAAUUCUGGCUUCCCGCCGUCAUAAGGGACAGGAUGGCAGCUCGUAUUUCACCCUUGCCAUAUAAUGAGGAACUUUUCAACCGUGAAGAGGCCGUGGAGGAGUUUAUCCCCAUUUUCUUCGAAUUGCUUGGUCUACUACCCCAUCUUCAUACCAUGGCUUCACGACCAAUGAGCUCUAAGCGGAUGAUUCGUUCCCCUCAGUACUCGGUCCGAGUCGGUCACAUCCAGGCCCAGACUCCUGAGUGGCCGAUAUCCAAUUGGAAUCAAAGCAACGAUGGUCUCUUGUUGUUUAUAUUGCCCGCAAUGGCAAUUCUACCAAUUCCAGUGCGAAGGCUCGCUUGGCAAGAUGAGCUACCAGGCAAUGGCGCAUUCGGGGCUCUUCGGCCAGACGCUUUUACGCAACUUGACACUCUGAGCAUCUCUCUUUCAACAGCUUUUUUCUUCUUCCCUCUGCCAAUUACGGAAAAAUUAACUCGGCUUGAUACCUGCCUCGACGCCUGUAACAACGUCCGACAUCUAUCUCUAGCCGUAGAGAGCGAGUACGCAUCAGAGCGACAAAUCAAUCACUGUAUUAUCACUACCAGUCUCUUGCGGUAUUCUCCCGGCACCAGGCAGUCAAAUUGGAGGAGACUAGUAUCCCUCAAUCUAACCUCUAUGGAAAUCGAGGACCACGUCCUUGUUGCCGUCGUCAGCGAAAGUGCGGAGACACUACGCCAUCUCUACCUCCAAGAAUGCAACACGACUCUCGGGGGGUUGAAGAAAUUAUCCAAAAUACCUGGCUUACGCCUGCGAUCAGCUCAAAUUCUCGGCGAAUACCCCAAAAGCCAAUGCCAUAGAAUACCAGAGCAAAAGCUACUUGAAUUUCUCAACGGUCAAAAGGUUCCUGAGGGGGAAGAUGUACAGAUGUGUACCUCCCUAGACGAAACCCUCGAGGAAGACGCCUCCGAUAUCCAACCCCCAGACUACGAAACUUGUCCACAUCGUAUGUUUGACGACGAUUGCCCUGAAUCUUUCACGAACAUACUCGUCAUGACUCUUCCAGCGGCCUUGGACGGAGUUACAUCUUCUGACGAUAGCGAAUUUGGGCCUACCUGGCUCAACAGCGCCGAUAUUGACGAUUCUGACCAGAGCGUGGUUGAGAGGGUCCAAAACGGUCCCAAAUGGCUCUGGAACCGCUGCUGCGACAACAACAAUACUGAAAGGCAAAUAUACUUCACGCAGGUCCCGGACUCGCAUCCCGACGGACUUCCCACUGUCGUCUGGAGGUUCACAAACCGCCAUGGUUUAUCCUAUAUCGGCAGCGAGCCUUUGGAAGGAUUCGAGGAUUGGGAUCCUGAACAAGGCGACGUGGAGGAGCCCCUGCCUUAUAGCGCAGAAAUGGACGAGUCCAUACAGGCGGCCAAUCUUGAAGCACCACCCCCAGGCGUUGUAUUGUACGAUCGGAAUGACGCAUUUCGAGCGCAACUUUUUUACUACCAGGUUUCGGAAUGA